AGCCAAGUUCGCCCUAGCCCCUCUAGCCCCCCUUCAAAGGGCUAACGCAUGCGCACUUAAGGUCAACGGUGCUAAAUCUGUAGGGUGUGACAGCGAGCGUUUUGCGCAUGCGCCUCGCCAUGUUGCUCCUGCGCCUCGCCGCCGCGCUGCGGCCGGCCGCGAGGUUGCCGCUGCGGCGCGCGGCGCGCGGCGCGGCCACGGACUACGGCGCCGACCAGAUCACGGUGCUCGAGGGCCUCGAGGCCGUGCGCAAGCGGCCCGGCAUGUACGUCGGCUCGACGGGCCCGCGCGGCCUGCACCACCUCGUCUUCGAGCUGCUCGACAACGCGGUGGACGAGGCGGCGGGCGGCCACGCGUCGCGCGUCGGCGUCGAGCUGCGGCGGGACGGGUCCGUCGUCGUGACGGACGACGGCCGCGGCAUCCCGUGCACCACGCACCCGCAGACGGGCGUCUCGACGCUCGAGACGGUCUGCACGGUGCUGCACGCGGGCGGCAAGUUCGGCGGCGCGGCGAGCGCCUACGGCGCGAGCGGCGGCCUCCACGGCGUCGGGCUGAGCGUCGUCAACGCGCUGUCGGCGCGGCUCGAGGCGCGCGUCGUCCGCGACGGCUUCGACCACCGCCUGGCUUUCGUGAGGGGCGCGCCCGUGGCGCCGCUGGCGCGGCGGCCGGCGGCCGCCGGCGGCCGCGGCGGCACGGCCGUGCGCUUCGCGCCCGACGGCGAGGUGUUCGGCGACGUCCGCGCGCGCGCGUGGGACGCGGGGCUCCUGCGCGACCGCAUGGACGAGUUGGCCUACCUGAACGCCGGCCUGCGCCUCGAGCUGCGGGACCUGCGCGGCGCCGCCCCCAAGGUCCACGUGCUGCGCCACGCCGGCGGCGUCGGCGAGUACGGCGACACGCUGGUGAGGGGCGACCUGCUCCACCCGGCCUUCGCGGGCUUCGUGGCGCGGGGCGAGCGCGGCGGCGUGCGCGUCGAGGCGGCGCUGCGCUGGUGCAAGGGCGCCUUUGGGGAUCGGCUCGUCACGUUCGCGAACGGGAUCAGGACGGGCGACGGCGGCGCGCACCUCGACGGGCUGCGCGCGGCCGUGGCGCGCGCGGCCAACGGCGGCCUCGGGCGGAGCGCCGCCGCCGGCGACUACGUGCCCGGCGAGUACCUGCGCGAGGGCCUCGCGGCCGUGCUCAGCGUGCGGCUGCCCGAGGCCGAGUUCGAGGGCCAGACCAAGGGCCGGCUGGGCUCGCCGGCCGCGCGGCCCGCCGUCGACGGGGUCGUGGGCGACGCGCUCCGCGACCUCUUCGAGCGGCACCCGGCGGCGCUCCGGGCCGUGGCGGACCAGGCCGCGCGCGCGCAGAAGGCCGCCGCCGCGGCCCGGGCCGCGCGCGACGCCGUGCGGCGCAAGUCGCUGCUGGCGACGAGCGUGCUGCCGGGCAAGCUCGCGGACUGCAGCAGCCGGGACGCCGCGCGCACGGAGCUCUUCGUCGUCGAGGGCGACUCGGCGGCGGGCUCGGCGAAGCAGGGCCGCGACCGCGACACACAGGCCAUCCUGCCGCUGCGCGGCAAGAUCCUGAACGUCGAGCGCUGCGCCGAGGACCGCAUCGCGGGCAACCAGGAGCUCGCCGCGGUCGUCGCCGCGCUCGGCCUCGGCGCGCGCGGCGAGGCCUUCGACGCGGCCAAGCUGCGCUACGGCCGCGUCGUGAUCAUGACGGACGCCGACGUCGACGGCGCGCACAUCCGCGCGCUGCUGCUGACCUUCUUCUACCGCUACCGGCGCGAGCUCGUGAGCGGCGGCCACGUCUUCGUCGCGUGCCCGCCCCUGUACAAGGUCGGCGGCGGCGCGCGGCCGGCGUACUGCUGGUCCGAGGCCGAGCUCGCGGCGGAGCUGGCCGCGCGCGCCUCCGCGCCGCCGAUCCAGCGCUUCAAGGGCCUGGGCGAGAUGAUGCCGGACCAGCUCUGGAGCACGACGAUGGACCCGGGCCGGCGGCGGCUGCAGCGCGUCGACGUCGACGACGCCGCGCGCGCGGACCGCGUCGUGAGCCUGCUCAUGGGCGACUCCGUCGCGGACCGCAAGGACUUCAUCGUCUCGCGCGCCGCGGACCUGUCCGCCGCGGACCUGGACUUCUAA